GGGUGGGGCGCACACGGACCCUGCGCAGAGCUGAAACGUUCGACGCUGAGCUGGUUUCGCAACGCAGCAAUGGGUGCUCCGGGGGGAAAGAUCAACCGGCCGCGAACGGAGCUGAAGAAGAAGCUGUUCAAGCGACGGCGGGUGUUGAACCGGGAGCGGCGACUGAAGCACCAGGUGGUCGGGGCUGUGAUAGACGAAGGGCUGAUCACGAGGCACCACCUCAAGAAGCGGGCGUCCAGUGCACGUGCCAACAUUACUCUGUCUGGGAAGAAGCGCAGAAAACUCCUCCAGCAGAUCCGGCUUGCCCAGAAAGAGAAAGCAGCCAUGGAGGUGGAAGCCCCCCUCAAGUCAGCCAGGACUAGUGAACCACAGCCCAAAUCAAAAAAGAAGACAAAAGCCCCCCAGGAUGUAGACAUGGAGGACCUUGAAGAUAAGAGCUAAAUCUCACACCCCUUCCACCAGAAGAUUCUCAGCUGGAGCCAGGAGGACUCGAUGGUUAUUUCAGAGGACUUUGGAGAAAGCGUUGCUCCUUUUCACUGUCCCCAGAUUCCUCUUCCCUAAUGGCCUAGUGACCUGCCCUGGAGGGAUGUAUUGAGAGGAAGAGGGUAGAAAAGAAAGAUUGGAGAGCGGGUCCUAAGCAGUCAACUCCAUUUGUGAUAAAGCCCUAGCAUUCUCACUGAGAUGUGUGUGAUUAAAUGUAGGAAUGGGGAUAGGCCAUGAAAAGGGGCUGUGAGUGUGGAAACAAGACAACUGGGAAACAGGACCCACAGUUCUUACUUGACCAAAGGCAACAAGAAGCCAUCCUCCAUGAUGGCCCUGUCUCCCCGAUGAGUGACACUCCAACUUUCCAUUUCUGAUAAAAAUAAGGUGUUCUGUAGAGAUGGCAGAGGAGGUAAGGGUCUUGAUACUGGCCCUGCCUGCUCCCCUGUGUGAGCAGGGUGGGCAAGUGACCGUGGUUGUCUCUGCUUCCUUUGCUGGAUUAUAUUUUUAAUAAAGUGAAGAUUAUUUUUCCCUUUUAA